UAAUUAAGAUCUACGUUUGUCUUUGUAAGACAAAAACCUUACACCGAAGUCAGAAUAUAAAUGGUGAGAUCAAGUGAUCAUGAUCAUUGUUAAACAUAACACAGUGUUGUGCGGAUCACAGUGGGUCAGUGAUCAUGAAUAUCUUGAAUAUAAUUUUGCUGUCAUGUGCUUUGGCCGUGACUGUCGCUCAAAAGGCUGGGGAGACAAGUAAUGACUUGCUAGAUGGACAGAGGCGGAGUACCGGGGGCUAUGGGCUGUUAAGACCUGGUAUCUCAUCCGGGUACAACCCGGGCGGGUACGGGGGCUAUAACGGUUACAAUGGGGGCUUUGGAGGCGGCGCAGGGAACUAUGGCGGCGGUCCUGGGGGCUACGGAGGUUACCAGGGAUACGGCGGCAACCAAGGCUUUGGUGGACCUGGUUUCGGAUACCAGGGUCAGGGUGGAUACCAAAACGGAUUUGGCGGUGGUGGGUACAAUGGCGGCUACCCGAGCGGCUACGGCGGCUAUAGCGGCUAUGGACAAGGAUAUCCGGGGUACAGCGGAUACCGCCCCAAUAGGCCCGGAUUCGACUACAACCGUCCCGGGUACGGCGGCAACAACCUAGGCUACCAGGGUGGCUACCGGCCCAGUUACUCCAACCAGUACAGACCCGGUUUCGACCGACCCUACACUGGAGGCCAGGGCAAUUACUUCGGCGGCUAUGGUGACGGCUACAGCGACAACUUUAGACUUCUCGGCAGAAAAGCCGGUGAAAUUAAGGAGAGUGAUGUUAAGGCGUAAUUUAUCUAUUUAUAGUACUUACUAAUUUAAUAUUUUAGAUCUAAAUUUAUUGUUGCACUGAUUUUUAUU